AUGUCUUUCUUUGAAGCACUUGAGCAAAUUCCCUUCUACAAAAAGUUUAUGAAAGAGGUGAUUUCUAAGAAGAGACAAGUGGAAGAUGAGCCGACAAUUGUGUCUGAAAAGUGUGGUAGAAUAUCGCCAAAAAGGAGGAUCCCAAUCAAGAAGAAAGAUCAUGGAGCGGUCGCAAUAUCGUGCAUUAUAAAUGACAAAACGUUCAAGAAAGUGCUAAUUGAUUCUGGUUCUAGUAUGAGUUUAAUGCCAUUAUCUAUUUUCAAAAAGCUUGACAUUGGAAACAUAAGCGAGAGUGGGAUAAAAUUGAUAUUUGUUAAUCACACCAUUAAGCAGUCAUAUGGGAUAGCGGAAGAUGUAUUGGUGGAAAUUGACAAUUUUGCCUUUCUAAUUAAUUUCUAA